AAGUCAUAGUCAUACAACCAACGAUCUCUCUCGACUCUCUCCAUCUGUGCAUGUACACACACGAGUAUAGAUCUCUGCACUGCUUACAGAAAUGACGAGGCGCGGAAUGUGUUCGACGAUAUGCCUGAAUGAAAAAUUGCAAAGGUUUCGAAUUGUCAGACUCUCCGACAAGGCUGAUAAUUUUAAUUUAAGAAGCGGCAGCUUCUUCGAACGGUCUAUCUCUCUCGUUCUCUUUCUUUGGUGCUUCCUCUUCCUCGUCUACUCCAAGCUUGGCCAAAGCCAUGAUUAUGGAAAUGGAGAUAGAAUUGGGAAUUACACUGAUGGAUCAGUCUCAAAGACCCUGAAUUCCACGAGUUCUGUUGUCCCUCAGGCCACUGGGAAAGAAAACAACUAUUGUCUUCUGAGAAACGGUCAGUUACAAGAUGUGUAUGAGCAUGUUCUUGGGAACAACGCUUUGUUGGUCUGCAAAAUUGUGUUGCCAGAACGAAGAAUAAGCAAGAAGACUCUGGAAGCUCGUGAUCCCAGAUAUGUCAAUCUUGAAGAUAAAAGUCUCAAAGUAAAUGGCUCUGGCAUGCCAUCACAGCUUGUGAAUAAUGUGACUCAUUAUAGGUUAGAACCAGAUGGAACUGGGUAUAACUACGCUUCUGCUAUGAAGGGCGCAAAGGUAGUUGACCACAACAAGGAAGCGAAAGGAACUAGCAAUGUACUUGGCAAAGAUCAUGAUAAGUAUCUAAGAAAUCCAUGUUCAGUGUCAGAUAAGUAUGUUGUGAUUGAACUCGCGGAGGAGACCCUGGUUGAUACUGUGAGAAUUGCGAAUUUGGAGCACUACUCGUCGAAUCCCAAAGAGUUUAAUAUGUCAGGGAGUCUAAGUUACCCAACUGAUAUGUGGACACCUGCUGGGAGUUUCGUGGCUGCAAACGUUAAGCAGAUCCAGACAUUCCGGCUCCCGGAACCUAAAUGGUUGAGGUAUCUGAAACUGAACUUAAUAAGUCACUACGGGUCUGAGUUUUACUGUACUCUGAGUGUUGUGGAGGUCUUUGGAAUUGAUGCUCUUGAGCAAAUGCUUGAAGAUCUGUUUGUUCCAUCAGAGACUCUUCCCAGUAAACCAGCUAUGCUGGAACUAAAAACCGCAGAUGAAAAAGAAGUUGGGGAAGUGAAAAGCAAUAGGACAGAUCAGAUUGGCAAGGAAACGGAAGCGCAGAAGAAGAAAGAUGAUGUUGUGAAGACGAUUAAUAUCAUAGGAGACAAAAAAUAUGAAGUCAGGGAGAAGCAUAACGUUUUGAAAGUGAUGAUGCAGAAAGUGAAAUUGAUUGAGAUGAAUUUAUCGCUUCUUGAGGAUUCUGUAAAGGAAAUGAAUGAGAAGCAACCAGAAGUUAGCUUGGAGAUGAAGAAAACCCUAGUACUUGUGGAGAAAAGCAAAGCUGACAUCAGAGAGAUCACAGAAUGGAAAGGGAAAGUGCAGGAAAAAGAACUUAGAGACCUAGAGCUAUGGAAAACUCUUGUAGCUUCCCGUGUAGAAUCAUUGGCCAGAGGAAACACUGCAUUGAGAUUGGAUGUAGAGAAGAUUGUGAAAGAACAAGCAAAUCUAGAGAGCAAAGAGCUGGGAGUUCUAUUGAUAAGCCUCUUUUUCGUGGUCUUAGCAACGAUUCGGUUAGUCUCAACACGACUCUGGGCGUUUCUGGGGAUGUCUAUUACGGAUAAAGCUCGUUCACUAUGGCCGGAUAGUGGCUGGGUCAUGAUACUGCUAAGCAGCAGCAUCAUGAUUUUCAUUACUUUGCUCUCGUAGUUAUCAUACGUAGGAGUUAGGCUUAGUUUUUUUUUAACAGUGCCUUGCUAUUAAAGUUUGUAACCUUAGGAUUAGGAAUAGAAAGAAUUUUCAUUG